AUGGAGACCUUGAGCUACCAGAACACCUUCCUGGACAUGAACAUCUCUCAGGAAGACUCACAUCGCAGCCUGAGCGUUCCACCUCGAGCCAAGACGACCAUGAUGAGGCACGAGGAUCUCGAGAAGCACAGGGCUGACUAUGCGACUUCGUUGUUGGCUCGAGCAGCCGAAACCUUCUCUUGGCCUGUGACCCAGACGGAGACUCUGGGUAGCCACGGGCAUCCUGAGAUUUGCGGCAAUCCCUGCAUCCGAUUCUUUUACGGGAACUGCCAGAAGGGUGUGGACUGCCAGUUCUGCCAUUUGAAGCACGCGCAGGUGGGGCCCUUUCUUGGACCACGCACGUGGCGCACGUGGCGAUAG